AUGGAGAUUAAAGAAGAGUUCAGACUUAAGGGAUUCAGUUUUGGUGUGCGAUUUACUGGUCGAGUGGAAUAUGUUGGGGAUAAAGAGAAAAACUGCACUCUGAGAAUCAGAGGCCUGAGAAAGAGUGAUUCUGGAGAAUAUCGCUUUAGAUUCAGCACUAAUACUGAAAGAGGGAAAUUCUCUGGUAAACCAGGAGUCAUUCUAAAUAUCACAGAUCUGCAGGUGAGAGUGAGUCUCACCCCAGUAUCAGAGGGACAGACUCUAACACUAGGCUGCAGCUCCACCUGCACUCUGCCCUACAACCCCACCUACAUCUGGUACAAGAACGGACAGCCUGUAACCAACAAACCCACCAAACACAACAAGCUGUAUCUGGAACCAGCAGACAGUGAGGAUGGAUUCCAGUAUUCCUGUGUUUUAGGAGAGGAGAGUACAGCGUUAAAGCAAGUCACAAUUGGAGUGGCAGUCUGUCUGGCUCUAAUACUCAUCACAGGAGCUCUGUGGAUAUGGAGGAGAAAGUCCAGGUCAGUUGAAGAGCACAGGAACUCUGGGGAUGAUGGCCAGUGUGAUACGGCUCAUGUGUAUGAAAAUAUCCCAACUGUGGCCAUGACUAACCUCAGUCGAAAAGCAUCAUCAGAUGACCAAAAUGACAUUCACUACUUAAGCCUUCAUUUCCAACAUUCCCAAACCCAGAAGGGGUCUUCAGUGUCAACCACCAGACUUCCUACUAACUCUUCAGAGGAAGAGUGUGUUCAGUAUGCUCCUGUGAACUUUAGCCGACACAAAACUUCCACAACAGGCUUUGGCAGCUGCAGCAGCUGAUGACCCAUCUCAGAC